AUGAAUACUAUUAGGCCAUCCAUUCCUCGUUUGUCUGCCUUGCUUGGCGAAAAACCGUUUCCUAUCCCUUCUCCCGGGCCACCUUUACCGCCCGGCAUACUCGUUGAUGAAGAGAUCUCGCCAGUAUAUGAUUCCAAGUACUUCUACCCAGCGAAGCCUGGCGAGGUACUCGCCGAUCGUUACCAAAUACUGGUCAAGGUUGGCUGGGGCGUGUCUUCAACAGUAUGGCUUGCGCGUGAUUUACAAGGGCAUAUCGAAGAGCCAGAGAGCGUUGUGGCAGUGAAAAUUGCCGAUAACAAUGCAAGUUCCGCUGGUCAUGAGCGCGUGGUUGAAGAGUACAUUUCCACGGUAGACCCAUCACAUCGCGGUCGCUCACUCAUGCGAACCUUACUAGACUCUUUUGAAGUUAAAGGUCUAGAAGGUUCUCAUUUGUGUCUUGUGUAUCCGCCUAUGAGGGAGCCAUUGUCGAUGUAUCAGCGGCGCUUUGACGAUAGGAAGAUGCCACUACCACUUAUUAAAACAUAUAUUCGUGCUCUUCUUACGGGGCUUGAUUAUCUCCAUAAAGAAUGCAGGAUAGUCCAUACAGCCUUGCUUCCCGUUGGUGAUGCUGAGCCCAGCCAUCUAGACCUAAAGCUCGAAAACAUCAUGGUCUCAUUUGAGGAUCCAACUGUGCUCGCUGAUUUCAUGGAUUCUCAGCUUGAAAAACCGAUGGCUUUCAAGCUUGAUUCGGCGGGGCGACCAGUGUAUCAAUCCCGUAGCGACUUCGGACCACUCAAAAGCCCGAGUAGUAUACCACAGCUUGUCGACUUUGGCUUAGCAAUUCGACUUGAGGAAGACGACGACUGGGGCGUCUGGCCUAUUCAGCCAGACCACUAUCGUGCCCCGGAGGUGAUACUAGGUAAUGGAUGGCAAAUGCCUGCGGACAUUUGGAAUCUUGGCGUUCUUUUGUGGGAUAUGAUCGAAGGCAAAGAGCUAUUUCGGCAUAUCCAUGAUGAACAAGGUCACUACGAUGCUAAAUUACACAUCACCGAGAUGAUAGCCUUACUCGGUCCACCCCAUCCAGAGGUCAUACAAAGGUAUCAAUACAUGCGAGAGUACUCAUGGCCGCAAUCUGUCAGACGAGAAGACGAUAGAGUAUGCGGGACCGCGGAGGAGUACUUCGGUGGGCCAUUCUUUGACAAUAAUGGUCGCUUUCUCUAUGAAGAUAUGAUCCCCGACCGGAAACUAGGAGACACCGUUUCCUUCCUUGGGGGAGAGGAGAGGGAAGCGUUUCUGGAUCUCGCCAAGCAAAUGCUUGUCUGGCAUCCGAAUAUAAGAAAAACAGCAGGCGAACUAGCGGGUCAUCCUUUUCUUCAACUAAAGCAAACAAGUGUCUGA